AGACCUUGGUUUCAUUUUUCGCUGUCAUGGUGAAGAUAUUCGUUGGGAACCUCAAUCCAGAAUCCAAACCUUCUGAUCUCCGCAAAAAAUUUGAGGCCUUUGGAAAAGUUACAGAAUGUGAUGUUGUUAAUAAUUAUGGCUUUGUGCAUAUGGAAAAAGAGUCUGAGGCUGAAGCCGCAAUCGAAGGGCUCCAAAAUGCUAUUCUUGAUGGGGUGAAAAUUAAUGUCGAACGAAGUCACGGAAAACGGGGCGGUGGUCCCGGGCCUGCCAGACGUAGGAAUGAAGGGCGCUAUCGAGAUUAUCCUCCGGAGAGAGGCCCACGCGCACCACCGCGUUACAUGAACUCUGGCCCGCCGCCCCCGCGAAUGGGGCGCUAUGGUCCGGCUUGGGAUGAUGGAUAUGGAGGGCCUUACGGACCACCACCACCACGUAACAGCUCCAGAGGUUACGAUUAUCCCCCAAAUGGUACCAAUGGACGGUAUCCUCCAAUUGACCGUGUAGAGCAACACAGACCACUCCCACGAGGUCCAGCCCGUGACCCACUGCCGUUACCGCCCAGUGUGGGAUAUCGUGGACCUCCAGUCCCUGAGCCUAUUCCGUCGCCUCGAGAUUAUCCUCCCAAAGCUCCCCCGAUGAGACAAAGUUACGAUAUGUAUGGUGAAUAUGACCGGUACCGGGAGCCAAUAACGCCAUCUGGUCCCCCACGCGCAAACGAUUAUUAUGAUACAUACGGCAGUUACAGCAGCGGAAACUACGAGUAGGUUUUUUUCUCUAACACUAACCACUUCAGAGACUAUAGGGAGAGCGAUAGAUCAAUGUCAAAUUAUGAUUCAGGAUACGACUACAGUUACUAUGACUAUGGAAUGGAUAGCAGAUCACCGGUUCCACCAAGAUCAGGGUACAGCUACGGUCGCCCCUAACUAAAGUAAGUGCUUUAUGAUAAGCUACUCAGGAUGUAUUGCUCUAAGUGUUGAAAGUUUGUGCGUGCGUGGUCGUCUAAGUUGCUUAGUAAACGUGCUUCUCGUUUGCCCGCAGCCUAGAUCUGUGCGUUGACAUUCCGUCUGAUUUUUCGUUCACCAUAACUCAAGUUUACCUAACAUUUCAGAGUCGUCCCGUGAAGUCAAACGCGAAGCAACCUCGAAUCACGUAGGCAAGAGACGUUUGCAUUUAUAACUCGUUUCCUGUUCGUCGUUCGCAUCAACGUUAUUUGGCUAGUGUCAGCAGUCGUACCCACGAUCUUCUGGCUUUUGCGUUUUGUAGACAUCAAUUCACUUUCAGUCGUAAAUGUCACUUCUCGUUUUUAUGCGUCAUAAGAGACCGUCUAAAUUUCCCAUUUAUCUUUUUUGAAAUAUAAAUUGUGUUAGAAAUCGUUGCUUUUGCGUUAGUUGUAGUCUACUUCGUCUGGUCUCUACGCGUUGCUUCACGUUUCAGUUAUCUCGCGCUAUACAACUUUGUAUUAGGCUGGUAGGUCUCUUGUUGAUUACAGGUGGCGUAUGUUCGUUUGUCAACGUCUGCAGUUCACUUCCGGAGGUAGCCUUCAUGUACGAACACCGUACUCCAUCUGUCAAAAUGUCUCGUGCUCAUUACUGCUCCUGUCAUGCUUGUCAACAAUGCCUUGUGGGUCUUUAAAAUACUUUCCUAAAUGAACAGUCAAGACCAUUUGUUUCUCCCACAGCAUCUGCACACUGAUAUCCGACAGUGUCACUGGCCUUCAUUGCGUGUCUACUUACAAAAAUUCCAUCCUACAUUAUAUGGGAUGCUAUACUCUGUAAAGUCGUAAAAUUAUUCUGUGCGUAUGUGGGAGAUUUUUCACAAACGAAAUCAGGACCAUGUGGCGUCGCUCGUAUUCCUCGAACUAAAGACCUAUUUUUCCGAUUUAGUAAAAUAAAUAUUCUUGGCUGUAUUAAGGAAUUUUCAUAAGUAGAUCUUUCAUCAACUGGUGGAGGUGCCAUUCGGUUAAACAUUUCUCUGAAAGAAAUUGGGUUUUUAUGUGCAGGCUGCGGAUCUGUCGUUGCCGAUGACUAAGUCUUGACAUGUACUUUAAAAGUCCAACAACUAUGCUGAUGUCAAACGUUUAAUUGGACCCUCAAAAUUUUCAAAUGGAUAGGCUAGGUAAUACUAUCAAAAUUCAUGGGAAAACAUGUUGGUCGUCCAGCUGCUUAAACAAACGAAACCACGAAUAGUUUGAGGCCAUUCGAAAAUAACAGCGACUCUGGGUGUGCGUUGAAGUCUGUAACCACCCACACAUUCGUGCCAAAUAUACCUUUGUUUUAGAAGUCUGUGCCCGCAUAUCGUUUCUGAGUUACUGCAGAAUGACACCGGAGUCCCCGAACUAGGUUUGAGUGACUAGCUUGAUAGUGAUGCAAAAUUAGCGUAGCCUCUAAUAAGUCCUCGUCUUGUGUUCUGUACUAGCCAACUUAUCGGCAUCUACAUUUAUUACUCUUCGCGAGACUUUUUAUAAGUAGACGUUUAAAGUCGCUCUUGAUGUCUCAACCGACCUCUUAAUUAGGUAUUAAUUAUAAUAAUCGCCGUUGCUACUUUUGCCUAUAAUAAAUUCACAACAAAUCAGCUGUAAGAUGUUGAUUAUUCAUUGCCUUAUAUUCGUUGUAUCGUUAUAAUCCCUGAUAAUCUAAAUAUAUCUCGCAAUAAAGUGGUUAAUUAGCAACACUAAGAUUCUGGCCAUCAAACGUCUAACAUGCAAGUACAUUUUUGGCUAUGUAUUGCCGAGGAAGGAUACAGCUUUUUCUCGUGCUUUCCUUAAUCUCGCUGCAAGGUUGUGGGUCCUAAAUCGUCUGAAGAUGAUGGUGAACGAUCAUGAAGUUGAUUCAUAGCAUCGCUUCUCAGGCGUUUAACGUUUCCACACAUUUCCAAGCUGGAUUACUGUUGUUCAUAUUACAAUGUUAUAUUAACAAGUUAUAAACGACAAUAGUUUUUGUCAGAAGGCUAAGACACCGUCAUUUAUUGUCAAUCUCGUAUUCGCUGAAUUUUCGAAUUAAUAUUUCAUUUAUUGUAUUAAUUAUUUAUCUGGACUUCAAAUAAAACAUUUAUCUG